CAAUAGUCAGUUCAUACCUACACCCGAAACGGUAAACAUCUAAAUAUUUUGUAUAUUUUCCAAAGCCGAUAAAAAUUGUAUUUUUCAAACAUUAAGUGAAAACCAAAUUUAAAGUGUACAACUUUUUGAACCCUAUUUUCUUUUUUUUUUCUUUUUCUGAUUUGAUUUAAUUUUGUACCUAAAUCGCGAUGUCGUUCAGAAGGGUUCCGCUGGGUUCCGCUCUUGGCCCGGAUCAGAAGCUUUUACAACACAAAUUGAUCCACAAUAUGGACCGCUUUAAGCCCUCUGAUGCCAAUCCGAUACAGUUUUAUAAUUGUGUCCGGGAGUUGUGCCUCACGACAAGCUGUAGCAUCGAUGAUGGCUUGGAGGCGGCCCAAUUCCAUUGGCCGAGUAUGGAAAAUGGCCUGAAGGAUUAUUACAACUCGCAACAUCUUUCUGAGCUGUUGGAUUCCUUUCCCAUUCCGGUGACUGCGAGCAAUUUACCAGAAGCCACCUUGCGCAAGGAUGGUUCCAGCAAUUUAUCCUUGAACUUCUCUUCCGCCGUUGGCGGCAGGCAACUUCCCACCGCUGAGUCGCACAAUUGGAUGCCAAGUCCUGGGAGGCUUUCGGAGAAUCACUCCAAGGAUGACAAUCAUCAGGUGGUGUGGCCUUCCGCCACGGUGGCACAGCAACCACCUAGGCUGUGUGGCAGGCACAUGCCCACAUUUGAGUCUCACUAUUCGAUGCCAAUACCAACGAAAUAUUUGGAGAACCUCUUCAAGGACGACAGUCGUCCGCUGGUUUGGCCUUCCCCGUUGGCACAGCUACCAUCUAGGCUUGAACCCAUUUCGAAUCAGGAUGUCAUAUCUCAAGGUAUGCGUAUGGCUCAAUCUGUUAACGAUAGCAUUUCGGGGUCCAAUGCUGGAAUCCUUGGUGGUAGAGCAACCAAUAAUCGAGUAGCGGCCAUGAUCCUAUUUUCCGAUCAAGAGCGAAGUGCCGCCAUGGCGCCAAAGGUGUCAAAGGUGUCCAAGGUGUCGAAGGUGGCAAAAUUACCCAAGAAAGGAAAGCCACUGUUUAAGAGAAACAAUCAAAGGGCUAUCAGGAAAAUUAAACUAGCUACAGGUGCCCCUUGUCGUCGUCCCGUUCGUCCUGUUCGUCCUGUUCGUAAACUCUAAAAUCAAAUGGAAAAUUCAAAACACUGAUUUACAUAUAAUUCAAUUCAUUUCGCAUCUUAAGAUUAUAAAAUUUGUAGUUAGAUACAAAAUUAUUGUACAAAUUCCAUAUAGUACUGUCCUCAAUGUAUUUUUUUAAGACAACUA